AUGGGAGAUUUCAAUGCGAUCUGUCACAAUGGUGAGAAGCUUGGAGGCCCGAUGAGAUGUGCUUCUAUCUUUGAACCUUUUAAUGACAUGUUAAGAGAUUGUAAGGUGAAGGAAUUACCUAGCAAGGGGGAUCCGUUUACAUGGGCAGGAAAAAGAGCUACAAAAUGGAUCCAAUGUAAAUUGGAUAGGAGCUUUGUAAACAAGGAGUGGAGUAAGGUUUUCUCAGAAGCAGAUCAAGUAUUUUUGGAAAAAAGAGGGUCUGAUCAUAGGCCAGUUUUAGUUUGUCUGCAGAAGAAAGAAAAGAUGUUCAAAGCUUCUUUCACGUUUGAUAAAAGGUGGCUAGAGUUGCCAAAUGUGAGAAACACAGUGAAACUGGCUUGGAAUAAAGCUCAUGGGGGUUUUCCAGCUUCAGUAUCACAGAGAAUAAGAAACUGCAGACAUGAUCUAAGUGGCUGGAGAAGAAGUUUCCAAACUAACUCAAAGGAGAAAAUAUUAAUCUUGCAAGAAGAGUUAGAGGUGGAAGAGUCUGCAAGAAACCCGAAUGGUGGAAAGAUUAGAGCUCUCAAAAUAGAAUUGAUGAAAGCAAACAGGGAGGAGGAAGCUUACUGGAGUCAAAAAAGUUACAACAAGUGGCUUAAGAAAGGAGAUAGAAAUACUAGGUUCUUUCAUGACUCGGUGAAGGCUUCUAGAAAUAGAAAACAGAUUGAUUUGCUUGUUGAUGUAAAUGGAAGGGAGAGGCGAGAGGAAAAGGAGAAGGGUAGGGUGGCAAUGGAUUAUUUCUUUAAUCUGUUCUCAUCCUCUAAUCCUCCUGAUUUUCAGUCUAUCUUUACUGACUUUGUGGCGAAAGUCUCUCCAGAGAUGAAUGUGGAUCUGAUUAAAGAAGCUUCAGACGAAGAGAUUGAACAAGCGGUUUUCUCAAUCAAAGCUGCUAGUGCGCCUGGUCCAGAUGGUAUGACUGGACUUUUCUUUCAAAGGUUUUGGAAGGAUAUUGGAAGUCAAGUGUCAGAUGAGGUUAAAACUUUCUUUAUCUCUGGUUCCUUUCCAGUCGAAUGGAAUUUCACUCAUCUCUGUCUCUUGCCUAAAGUGAUGGAGGCAAUCAAUAUGUCUGACUUCCGCCCGAUUAGUCUUUGCUCUGUGUUGUACAAGAUUAUAUCCAAGAUUUUGGUGAUGAGAUUGCAACCUCUCCUCCAAGAGUUAGUGUCUCCGUUCCAAUCUGCCUUUGUCCCGGAGAGACAAAUUUCAGACAAUAUCCUGAUUGCUCAUGAACUUGUUCAUAGUCUGCGUACCUUCAAACCAGUCGCAGCUCAAUUCAAGGCGGUGAAGUCUGAUAUGUCAAAAGCGUAUGACAGAGUAGAGUGGGAUUAUAUCAGGUGCUUAUUGGGGGCUUUGGGUUUUCAUCCGCAAUGGAUCAAAAUGGUCAUGUUUUGCAUAUCGUCUGUAUCCUAUGCGGUAUUGAUAAAUGAUCAACCAUAUGGGGUCAUCAAACCUUCCAGAGGUCUUAGACAGGGGGAUCCUUUGUCGCCUUCGCUUUUUGUGUUAUGUACUGAAGGUCUCUCCCACCUGUUAUUUAAAGCUGAAGAAGCUGGUUUACUCCAUGGAAUUCAAUUCACUGAAGAUGGGCCAUCAUUCUCACACUUACUGUUUGCAGAUGAUAGCCUAUUUUUAUGUAAAGCUACUGAAAAAGAAGCGGAGUGUCUUCAGAAUGUACUUGAAGUUUAUGGAAGAGCAACAGGCCAGGUGAUCAACCUUGACAAAUCAUCUAUAACUUUUGGAGAUGAUAUUCUAUGUCAUGUGAAGGCUUCGGUACAAACGAUUCUGGGGAUUUACAAUAUUGGAGGAGCAGGGUCAUACCUUGGUUUGCCGGAGUGCUUCAGUGGUUCCAAAGCGGAUCUCCUUAACUAUAUCUAUGAAAGGCUUCAUGGUCGUUUAUCUGGAUGGUUCGCAAGAUCCUUAUCUCUUGGUGGUAAGGAGGUACUUCUAAAAGCUAUUGCUAUUGCUUUGCCGGUGUUUGCAAUGAGCUGUUUUAAGCUGCCUAAAUCAACAAUUGAGAAACUAACAAGUGCGAUGAGGGAUUUCUGGUGGAAUUCUUUAGAACACAAGAGAAAAAUCCAUUGGUUAAGCUGGAACAAAUUGUGUCUUCCUAGGCAAGAGGGAGGACUCGGGUUCAAAGAUAUUGAAUGCUUUAACCAGGCCCUUCUGGCAAAGCAAGCUUGGAAAGUGUUUCAAAACCCCCAAUCUUUACUUGCAAGAACUCUCAAGAGCAGAUAUUUCAAAGGAAAUAAUUUCAUGGAUGUUUCUUUGGGGGACAGGCCAUCCUUUGGAUGGAGGAGUUUUCUUUUUGGAAGAGAGCUCUUGUUGAAGGGUGUAAGAAAGGAAGUUGGGGAUGGUCAAUCUUUAAGGGUUUGGAUGGAUCCCUGGAUUGAUAAUAGCAGAAGGCGAGCUCCCUGGAUGAAAAAUUCCUUGGUUGACUUGGAAUUAAAAGUUUCAGACCUUCUCUCAGAUGAUGGAAGAUCGUGGAAUUUGUCUAUUUUGGAGGAUCUUUUCUUUCAAGUGGAUAUUGAUCUCAUUUUGAAAAUAAAACCAAUGCCGGAAGAGGAAGAUUUUUGGUGUUUGCAACAUAAUAAGAGUGGAGAUUAUACGGUGAGAUCAGGGUAUUGGCUCGCGAGCCAUGAGAAACUAAAGGCGGUCUUCGUUGAUGCGAAUUCUCAGCCAUCGAUAAAUGGACUGAAAGAUAGAACAUGGAAUAUUCAAGCUCCACAGAAGAUUAAGUUGUUUAUUUGGAGAGUGCUAAGUGGAGCUGUUCCUGUUGCUGAGAACCUUAUCUCAAGAGGGAUGAAGAUUGAUGAAAGAUGCUGGAAUUGCGGUAAUGACAUGGAAUCUGCAAACCAUGUUUUAUUUACUUGCCCUCUUGCUCGUUUGAUCUGGGCUCUUUCGGAUUUUCCAUCACCUAGAGGUGGUUUCAGUGACGACUCUAUCUUUGUAAAUAUCCAUUAUCUCUUAAGGAUGAGCUUAAACAUCAGAAUCCUAAGUCAAAUUAGGAGGUCUUUCCCUUGGAUACUAUGGAUGCUGUGGAAGAACAGAAACAAAUUAAUUUUUGAAGGGAAGGAGUUUGAUGCGAUGGGAACAAUUAGAAAGAUCAAGGAUGAUGUUGCAGUCUGGUUUGCUGUUCAAUCAAUGGACCAAGGUAUUGAAAGUGGUGAAAAAGAAAAAGGGAUUAUGGUGAGGAAAACCAAAUGGAGAAAACCCAGUGAGGGGUGGCUAAAAUGUAAUGUUGGUGUGAUGUGGUCGAAAAAGAAUAGAGUUAUGGGCUGUGCUUGGGUUUUAAGAGACCAUAGAGGUGUGGUGUUGUUGCAUAGCAGGAGAUCCUUUGUGGCUUCUCAUGAGAAGGAGGAAGCAAUUUUAGUUGGAUUGAUGUGGGCGAUCAAAAGCUUGCAGGACCAUCAGGUAAGGAAGGUGAUUAUUGCUGCAGAGGCAAAUCAUAUCCUCAACGCUCUAGAGAGACCGAAAGCGUGGCCGUCUUUUAAAUUUCAGAGUGGUAUGCUCAGAAAAGAAGUAAGAAAUUUUGGGGAAUGGAAAGUCUGUGUUGAAACAAAAGACUCGAAUAGAGGUACUUUUCUUAUUGCUCAAUCAGCUACAAAAAGACAGUUUGCGCAAUCUUAUGUUGCCGCUGGUUGUCCCUCUUGGCUUUUGGAGGUUUUUGAGCAUGAUAAAAGUUGA